AUGCUUAAGAGAUCAGAUAUUGAAAAUAAAUAAGUUGGUGAUAAUUAGAAUAAGAAAGACAAGGAGAAUUAUUUAAAGGAAUGGGAAGAAAGUCUUAAAAGGAAGGAACAUUUACUGGAAUCUAAACAUCAGGAAUUAAAAAUCUAUUCUAAAAAUCUUCAAAUAUAAACUGAGGGACUCUUAAAGGAUAAAUUAAAUUUGGGAGAGAAGAUUGAAAAAUAUAAUAGAUUGUUGGAAUAAAUUAUUGAUCAAUAGAUAUCCGAUUAACAAUUGCCAAAAUCUAAUUCUUAGACAUCUUAAACUUAUAGAAAACCACGCAAAAACGGAAUUAAUGAAUGUAAAGAAAGAGUAGGAAAUUUAUUGAAGACCAUAAGAUUAGCAACCAAGCCUUGCCUAAAAACAUAAUAGGGUUCUUACUUUAGCAACAGGACUGAAUUCGAAGAAAUUCUCUUUAGUAAAAGGAAUAAUCAUUCUUCUUCAUUAACAGGGAUAAUUAAUUUAAGCAAUAAAGAAGAAUUAAUAUCAAAAUAAUAACAAGAAUAACAACGCAAUAGUAAAGACACUAAGGAAAGGUUCAGCCAAUAGUAUGCAACAUAAGAUGAGUUAAUCAAUCAUUAAAAAUCGUUAUAAUAAUUAGAAGAAAAUUAAAAGUAUUUUUAUUCUAAAGUAUAUGAGGAGUUAAAUAAAUUAAAACAAAAUUAAUGA